UGGAGGUCGAGUCCGGAUCAGAACGAUUUUGUGUUCCUAAAACUUUCUUUUCAAGAAAAUGUUCUGGUGAAUGACGCCGUUCCAGCUCCAACUAAGUAUAAAAACAAGUGGGCUGUGAGCAGUUUUGUCGAAUGGCAGAGGUUAAGAGAGGUUCAAGUUCCGGUAUUAGAUUGUGGUGGUCUCUUCAAGGUCUACGACUUACACAAGGUUACCGCUCUGAGCGGAGAUAUUGCCGGAAUGAAUGUUCUGUCGCUUAACUAUUGGUUGUCAAAAUUCGUGGUGGAGGUAGCUAAAAAGUCCGGUGAAAGAUACCCUCCCAAGACUGUUUAUAGUAUCAUUUGUUCGCUCAAGCGUUAUUUGGAGGAGAAAAAUGGAUCCGAAGCUUUGAAUCCUCUGGACGCUAGUGACUAA